AAAAAACCCACGAACACGAGGGUUUUGCCCCUUCGGCCCACGGUCGCCAUUGGCCACUCUGCUCCGCCGCUCCAUGCUCCUCCCUAGCCUCCUCCGCCGCGCCCACCUGCUGCGGCCGUGCCACCCUCCCCGCCGCCACCUCUCCCGCCUCCUAGACCGCUACGGUUUCGUGCCGCCGGCCUCCCUGACCCCCACCGCAAAAGAGAUCUCCCACGGGACAGGCGCCGCCGCCGGCCAGAAGCGUCGGACCAAGAAGCCCCCCUACCGGCCGCCGUCUUCGCUGGACCGCGGAGACCGCCCGGCCUCCCACUCCGACCUCCCCUUCGAUUUCCGCUUCAGCUACACGGAGAGCUCCCUGGACGCCAAGCCCAUCGGGCUCCGCGAGCCCAAGUAUUCCCCGUUCGGCCCCGGUCGGCUCGACCGCCCCUGGACCGGCCUGUGCGCGCCCGCCGUCGACACCACGCUCCGGAGCGUCGACGCCGAGGACCCCGCCCCCGCCGCCGAGAAGGACCUGGAGGAGGCCCGCCGUCGCGAGCGAGAGCGCGUGCUUGGCGAGCCGCUCACCCCCGCGGAGCGCUCCUUCUUGGUUGAGAAAUGCCAGAAGAACCGCACCAAGCGGCAGAUCAAUCUCGGGAGAGAUGGGCUCACUCAUAACAUGCUAAAUGACAUUCACAACCACUGGAAGCAUGGCGAGGGGGUCAGGGUGAAAUGCCUUGGUGUGCCGACGGUUGAUAUGCAAAAUGUGUGCCAUGAACUCGAGGAUAAAACUGGUGGCCUUAUAAUCCACAGGCAUGGUGGCCAGUUAAUACUGUACAGGGGGAGGCAUUAUCAUCCAAAGAAAAGACCUGUUAUUCCUUUGAUGCUAUGGAAGCCAGCUGAACCGAUAUACCCGAGGCUAAUUAAAACAACAAUAGAAGGGCUCACGGUUGAGGAGACAAAGGAAAUGAGGAAGAAGGGCCUACAUGCUUCUGUUUUGACAAAGCUCGCAAAGAAUGGAUAUUAUGCUAGCCUUGUGCCGAUGGUUCGAGAUGGUUUUUUGACAGAUGAAUUGGUUCGUAUAGAUUGUAAAGGAUUGCCAAAGAGUGAUUAUCGGAAGAUUGGAGUCAAGCUCAGGGACCUUGUUCCUUGUAUUCUUGUAUCCUUUGACAAGGAGCAAAUUAUUGUUUGGCGGGGGAAGGAUCACGAUGAAAGCAUACAGGAUAAUAUGCACAAGGCAUCCCCUUCAGUUCUUCAAUUAGAGAGUGCAGGAGUGAAGAAUGAGAAUGUUGAACAGGAAGAAGCAUCAAGUGAGAGUGCAGCAGGAGAGGAUGAGCAUGGUGAAAAAGAAGAAACAUCAAGUGACUGGUCGUCUUUUGACGAGUCUUCCGAGAUCAGUAGCUCUGAUGAAGUGCCAGAUGAUAAGUAGGACAUUUCCAGGAUAUAAUAUCCUUAGAUCAAUCUGACAUAUCCAGAGGACACAUAUCACACGAUGGAUGAACUGCCACCAGGUGUUCAGAAAAUUGGCAUGUCAUCCAACACCACCAGCUUGUCCAUUCUUUACCUGUGAUGAUUAUGUUCUAUCACAAUCAAAAUCAGUAGCCCUGUUUCUGUCCUUUGAAAUUCUCCAUGGCUAGUUUUUGGUGAUUGUACAAGUUUGUUCACUUCCACAGUUUGGCUAUAGUUGAGAUUCAAAUCAAACAAUUGUAGCUUGAGGGUCCAACAGUUAGUACUCACUGGACCAGAGUGUCUUUGAUCUUACUCCCUCCGUUCUAAAAUAUUUCUCGUUGUUUUAGUUCAAACAACGACAAAUAUUUUGGAACGGAGGGGCAUUAUACUGACCGCUAGUAGAAUGAACACGGUGAAACCAUUUAAUAUUAUGCAAAUGUCAUUUGACUUCCUA